CUACUUCGUUUCCACACUGUAGCAGACACAGAAGUGUCAGAUUUAUUUAGUUUGAUAGAGAAAUCCCCGGUCAGGUUCAGUUUGCAGGGAAUGAAGAAAACUAAUUACAAAAGAAGCUGUUUUGUAGCGAAUGGUCUCCAACGCAGCGGAUAAUUACAAUGCGUUUUGCUGAUAUAAGGAGUGGCAGUCGUGCUAAGUAACUGGUUUCUAUUUUCAAGCUAGCAGAAGAUGGAAUGUACCUUAACUCUGUUUUAUGCAUGGAAAUGAUGCUAAUACUUUAGCUUUAACUAAUACCAGCUAAGUCGAUGCUCAUAUUUCGCCUCACUGUCACCGGAUGCUUUGCUGUUAUCCAGUUGGUUAGCUAGUUUAGCUUCUUUCAGAGAAGCUCCGGCCAUGGAGGAAGUUGAUAAAAUUCUGAUUCACGCCCUAAAACAGGUUGGGACGGAAGUGCCUGAAGAAAUUAAUAGCGUGAAACAGUUCAGCAGCGAGCUGAUAGUAGAGGCGGUGGCCAGAUGUAUUCGGGUGAUCGAUCCUGGUCUGAGCAGCACGCUGGCCACCUCCCUCCCUCCGGGUAUGUCUGCCCGCUUCAGAGUGGGCAUGAGCCUGGCACAGGCCUGUCAGGACAUUGGAUACAAAGGAGAGCUAGGAUACCAGACUUUUCUGUACAGCAGUGAACCGGAGAUCCGCUCCCUGCUCAUGUUUCUGGUGGAGAAGCUGCCCAGAGAAAGUGCUGAGACUUCAGACCAGCCGACAGGGAAAUCAGUGGUACUGGAGAGAACCAUAGCUGCUGCCAUCAAAGCCCAUCUUGCUGUACCUUGGCUGCCUCCAAAAUGCAGACUACCACUAAACUGUGAAACACAGAGACAAGGAGUCAUGCACAGCUUCCACGUCCAGCCCCUCAGCCUAACGAACUGCACUAAAGGCUCAAGCAAGAAGCACACAAAAGAAGUGAAGGACUACCAGCGGGACGUUCUCUCCCCUGUCACCGCCCAGAUUUCCAGUCAAGCUUCUGUGGUGGCGUCCAUACUGGAGCAGCACACAGCUGAAAUAAGUGCUGCUCAGGAGUGGGACAACGAGUGGAACAAUCAGGGACUGUUGUCCCGCUUUACGCCACAGGAAUAUUGCUUACGGAAAUUCGCCCGGUUGCAUAAACGGAUCGAGGACCAACUGCGUUCUGCUGCCCUGCCCUCUUCUCAUAGUGCCUUUGGUGUUUCUCGCUCCACCUCUGACCUGUGUGAGCUCCUGCAGGCCUUCAAAGGCUCCGUUCAACCCGGCCACAUCCUGACCAAGGGCACACACUUCACCCACACACAGAAGUUCAACUUCACACAGGAAGUGCCUCCAGUAGCAAAAACCAUCCUGACUAAUCAUCAGUCAGAGGGGGAUGUACAGCUGGGUCAGCAGGAGGAGUUGGCUUACCUUCAGCAGCAAUUCCAGCAGCUUUGCAGUGAGGUUGACCAUCUAGCAGCAGACAUGAAGCACAUGAGUGUUACCAACGCUCAGGUGUUGGAUGAGCUGAAACAGAGAGAACUGAGAAACUCUGAAAAAGAAGAGAAAAUCCAAGUGAAGAAGAAAACAAUUGAUCUUCUGCCAGAUGCAGAUAAUAACCUGCUGAAACUUCAGGCUCUGGUAGAGGCCAGUGCCAAGCGAGUAGUGAACCUGGCAUCUCAGUGGGAGAAACACCGUGCUCCACUCGUUGAUGAAUAUCGCAGACUCAAAGACAUCUGCAGCAGCAAAGAUGUGGAGUCAUCCAAGAAGCUGUCCGAAAUCAAGUCUUUGCAUGAAAAGAUCCGUGUUUCUACAGAGGAGGCCAAGAAGAAGGAAGAUGCAUACAAACAGCUGGUAACAGAGUUAGAAAAUCUUCCUCAAGAUGCGUCUCGCUCAGCGUACACUCAGAGAAUUCUAGAGAUUGUCAGCAACAUCAAGAAACAGAAGGAGGAAAUUACAAAGAUUUUAUCAGACACUAAGGAGCUCCAGAAAGAGAUCAAUAAUCUGACUGGAAAACUAGACAGGACAUUUGCUGUGACUGAUGAGCUGGUCUUUAAGGAUGCCAAAAAAGACGAAACCGUCCGCAAAUCCUACAAGUACCUGGCAGCCUUGCAUGAAAACUGUAAUCAGCUAAUCCAAACCAUUGAAGACACCGGUACAAUCCUGAGAGAGAUUCGAGAUCUCGAGGAGCAGAUUGAGACAGAAAACGGUAACAAAACUGUGGCUAACCUGGAGAGGAUUCUGGAAGACUACAAAGCGAUUCGACAGGAGAACGCUUCACUCGCUGCCAAAGUGAGAGAAGGAUGAAAGAGGCCCUGGACAGCUCUGCUUUAUGAGGCUAAAGUGAAAACAUGAAUGGGACUGAAACAGCACUUCAGCUGUCACACUUAGAUGUUUGUCCAUUAACGUGGAGACCCGCUUUUCUUUGAAAAAGACAAAGUGUGUUUUGGACCACAGGAACUCUGUAAUUGAAAUGCAUGCCAUGGGUGGACAAAUAGGUCGGUAGAUGGAAAAUGUUGAAUUUGUACUUGGUGUGCCUGGGGGAUGAUUGUUAUGCAUUCAACUGAAACACGACACUGGGCAGCAGCAGGUGCUGUCAUUUAUAACGAUAUAUGAGACAUCAUAAGAUGUUGUGAUUGAAAUUUAAUGUUUUCCUUUGACAUUUUAAAACACAAGUAACUUUUCCAUUUUCAGACCUUCAGUCUAUAAGUUGUCAUGAUUUCAUGUGAGCUUAAGUUGAGCGAAUGGCAUUUGAAUGUAGUUAAUCUGUCGUCCAUCAGCAAAUUGUUGUAUAUAUGGUACCAGCCUAAAUAAAGAUGCCUUACAUGCUUGAA